GGCCUGUGCAGAACAAGCAUAAAGCCAGCUGACAGUAAUUAACACGCGCUUACCAAUUUGUUUGGAGAAUUAACCGAAGUUCCGAUUUAAUUCAAAGUUUGCAAUGAGUUCUGUAGAAGCAGCAGGACCUCAAUUUGGGGCUCCUAUUCCUGGAGUGCAAUACCCGCUCAAAGUUCUUUAUUGUGGCAACUGCAGCCUACCUUUGGAGUAUUGCGAGUUCUAUCCAGACUAUGAGAAAUGCAAGCAGUGGCUGGAGAAAAACAUGCCCAAUGAGUUUGAAAGAGUGCUGCAACUGCAGGGCGAGUCCAAAGAAGACGAUGCUGGCGAAGAUGAGAAGAAAAGGCAAAAGAGAGGAGGCAAAGGGGUGUUAAAGACUAAGAAGAAGGAGGAGGUGCCUAAGAAAAUUUGUUUGUCAAGAGCUCCAAGAGGAAAAAAGAAGUCUGUUACGGUUGUGACGGGAAUGAGCACUUUUGGCGUUGAUCUCAAGGUGGCUUCUAAAUUCUUUGCACAAAAAUUUUCCUGCGGCUCCUCUGUUACCGGAGAUGAUGAAAUUGUCAUACAGGGGGAUGUUAAAGACGAGUUAUUUGAUAUCAUUCCGGAAAAAUGGCCCGAGAUUGAUGAAGAUUUCAUUGAUGACUUGGGUGAUCUGAAGAGAUAAGCUCUAUUUAUAAUAAGUAAGAAGCUAGAAAACGUCAUUUUUAUAUGUUUCACGUGUUCUUUAUUUUAAAUUAUCGUUUAAUACAUGCUAAUUACAUUUAAGAUAUAAAAAAUAA